AUGGAGACGUAUAGGACAGAUGCACCAGUCACCCUGCACUCAAUAAGGGACCUCUUGGAAUCAUCUCUUUCCACUGAGGAAAUACAUAAACGAUUAACUGAUGAUGGUAAUUCUGUUUCAAGUCAAAACAAUGACACAAACAGAGCUCACAACUCACAACUGCCCACAUUGGAUGAGCUACAAGAACAGCUGCCAGUGGUUGGGGACAAUCGCCAUUCUACUGUGACAGGCCAGAUUGAUGACCCAGACCAGAUGACUGUGGCUGAAGAUUCUGACCCAGAUUCGCCUCCAAGGAAACCCAUUCGAUCACACUUAGAUGAAGCGUUACCGGAUCUGCUCCGUAGUGGGAGCCCCAUCCGCAGACGCGUGUCCAGCCCGGUGUCUGCCACGCUGAAGCAAGUAAAAAGGGAGGUUGAACUAUCACAACAGCGCAGUCUAAAGCUUAAGGCUCAGGUGGAUAGACUGCAAAGGCAGAGCGAAAGCGGACCUUGUUGGAGUCAAAACAGCGAACAGGUGACAGAGGAGAUUCAGUCUAUUGUGAAUCUGCUACUCCCUAUGACGGAGUUUGAGACUGCAGAAUUAAAUCAGCCCUCCCAGGCCAACCCUUUGGAUAUUGCACUGAUUCAACUGCAGAACGUGGCCCGUAGACUUGCCCUUAAUCAUACCUCUCAGGGAAAGCUGAAAACAGGGGAAGAUGCUGCCAUUUUGCAGCAAGCACUACAUGAAAGGGAUAAGGCCAUUGCAAAGAAACAGGCAAUGGAGUCUGAGCUAUUGAAAAGCAAGAACGAAUUGAUGACACUGAACAACCAACUUUUGGAGGCUGUUCAAAGUCGACUAGAAAUGUCCAUAGAACUGGAAGCCUGGAAAGAUGAUGUACAGACCAUUCUUCAUCACCAGCUUAUGAAACAACAGGAGGAACAGGCUCGGAAGAAGUCUAAAGGGUUUGGGGUUCUGCGGCGAUCAAAUAAGCCCCUCCCUCCAAACCCAGAUUUUCCCACCUUAACACAUGUGCCUGUGUCUCUAUCACAAUCUCCAUCUCCUAACACUCCAGGGACACAGAGAUGGAAGGACAAAUUCAGACGCGGGAGAACUGGUACACACGGAACUGUCAAAGAGUCUCAGACACAAAAGAUCAACAGAGAAUACCAUUUUCAAACAGUUUCAUUGGACUGAUGUGUUAGGCAUAACAUCCACUUCUGUAUUGUUCAUCACUGUUAAAUUAACAAUGGGUGUUCAUUGAUUUAGGUCACCAGUGUAUGUCAUAAUAUGAUAAAUCAAUAUAUUAUUUUUCCUUUCAUUAUAAAAGUGGAACGAACUUGAGUUGAUCUACGAUUGUGAUACUCUGAGAUUUCUGUUGACCCACAGUCAAUGAAUGACAUAACUUAUUUAAACGUCCUAUUUUAAGAAAUGGGAAUAAAGGUUACAAAGACACAACAAUGUAGAAUUCAAGGCUGAUUUUAUAGGGCCAUAUAGACCUUUUUCACAGCACGUGCCCUCUUCAAUGUGUUGUAUUGCAGUUUAAAGUGUCUUUGGACAGAACAUUGCAAAAACGUAUUCAAGAACAUUCAUUAGACAAAAAACUCAGAUGUGAUCUAGCAUUUUACAGCAUGCCAUUGAAAAGAUAUAUGUCUAUCCCUCACAGCCUCCUUGUCAUUCCCAUUAAAAAUGAAGAUUUUUAAUAAUAAAGAUGGCGCUACCGUGAAUAAGGUCUAUAAAGGUGACUAUAGGAAAGUUACUGUAUGUGGCAAUCAUUUCUACGCAUACAUCAGAUUGGAGACUUGUAC